GGUUCGUCUCAUCAUGUCUCUCUUGUCAUGCAUGUCAAGGCUUGGGGUUCGUCGCAAUUGUGCCAUCUGUCUGCUCUCUACUCAGUCUGCUGACUGUUCAGGCAGCCGCGUUAGCCGCUGCUUGACGACACUGACCAAGCAGGCGCUUGUUUGCGACAUUGCGUUAUCCUUCGCAGCUGCAGCUGUAAAAUUGACUUUUUCAACACAAACGUUUGCACUUGUUCCGAACCAGGCUCAGCACACAUACACAAACUCUCUCUGUGUUUGCACAGGGAUCAACAGGACUCGUACAGCAGCAGUACCAUGGCGAUCCUGAGAUCGACAUGUCAUAGACACACUGAAUUUAACUCUCUUGUCGGAAUCUUCCACUAUUAACAAGGACAAUCCUCGCUCCAAUGUGCGCUGUCAUUGCAUCGGGUUUUUUUCCCCUUUGCCAUCGGUCCCCAUUUGCCAAAGUCCGAGUCGCGACCAAGACGUAUUCGUAGGUCGUCAACAAAGAGAGUUCUUUCAGAAGGAGUUUGGAUGAACUUUAAUAGGAGAUUCGAGGAGAAAGAAGAGAAUGCAGCACGUCUUGCCAUGGCAUUCGUGCGUCGGGAAAGGAUCCCCAGGUGGUCGAGUGUCGUCUCACGAUGAACAAUCAGUCGACACGACCUGGUCCCGUGUCCCCUUGCAAAGUUAUCAUGGGUAGUCUGGAAGCCUGAUGUUAAAAGUGCGAUUGGCGGCAGGUGGAGUGGUGGUUCAUUCGUAAGGGUUUCACUAAUUACAGUACAUCAACUUGUCAAGGUCGUCCAGAAAUAGUAAGCGCAGCAUAAGCUGGGCGCCAAGACCCUUCACCCGACUCAGCCAACCCAGGAUGCGCGAGAAGGGAAGGCUGUGGUCCGAUCCGUCAACGAUGGGUUGGUUGUUUUCCAGUUCUUGGCCUCCAUAUCUACAGCAGCUCCCUGCUUGUCUUCACUUGGCCGUUCACUUUGUUUACUUGUUUCUGGUUUUACAGCACUAUCCCUUAAUAGAGGUCACCACUUACUCAUCUCGAAUACCCGAAAUAUCCUAGUCUCGUGCCAACUUACAACCUGAAACUUGGGAUUUGUCAAUGUCUAUCUGAAGAUUUGCCGAGCAGUUAACCUUCAACUGCCGCCUCUUUUUGUGUAAGGCCGUCAUCUCAAAGCCAUGUUGGGGGCAACCCUCACCCUUGCACUGGCGGCUUUUACUCUUGGUGUCUCGGCCAAACACGCAAAGGAGGACGUCAACGACAACAAUGCCUGCGAAAUCGCUCGAAAUGCAGCCAAGUCGGGUAUUGGUUCCCAUCUCAAGCCGUCCGAGGCACUGGCUUGUCUAGCAUCAGUACCACUGGCCAGAGACCAUGACAUGGAGCUCAUGGACUAUCUCGGUCCAUACGUGGAGCAGCAAAGUACUAUUGGUAUCUUGAAGAACCCCCCUGAGACGUACCUCUUGCCCGCCAUCGACUUGGUGGGCGGCUUGAGGCAGAUCAAGGACAAGAUAUCAGCAGGGGGUUACAAGUCUCAGCUCGAGUUUACCUGGGACGUGAACAGGAUGUGGAAUCAGCUCAACGAUGGUCAUUUUGACUACAAACCAGCUCUGCUUCAAGUGUUUGGCUUCCAGUCCAGCAGGGGGCUCAAGUCCGUAUCCAAAGACGGACUCGAGCUUCCCGAAAUCUACGAUGAGGAUGACUUGCAGAAUUCCCGUUCGCAAGGUUUCACCCCGUCAGCCGUGGUCAGCGUUGAUGGAAUCCCAGUGGUUGAUUACCUUCAGAUAGUUGCUUCCGCAGGUGCUCUGCAGGACCCUGAUGCGCAGUAUAACAACUUGUUCACUACCACCGCGGCCAGGGCACGUGGUGGUGGUGGCUAUUUCAGGAGCGGCGGCUAUACUGAGCUUCCCGACAUCAGCAUCUACAAGUACGCCAACGGCACCGUUGCAUCGCACCCGAACUGCGCUAUUCUCCGACAGGACCUGACGGGUAUUUCCAACGGCCGGCAGCUUCACCUGGCUUAUGAAAUACCACCCCCGAAGGAUUCUGGCAAGCAAAAAGACAAGAAGAAGUCGAGCAGCUCUCCCCCUAUCAACAAGCCGACAGUUCCCGGCUAUCCUUUGCCUGUCGUGAAGCACUACAACGACUAUGUUGCAGGCUACUUCAUGAAUGGCUCUGAGUACCAGGACGUUGCCGUCUUGUCCAUCUACUCAUUUACGCCCAAGCCGACCGCCACGAAGACUGAUUCCGAGUUCGUCGAGUUCCGCCGCGUGGUACGUGAGUUCAUUGAGCAGUGUCGCCGGGAGCAGCGAACCAAGCUCAUCUUGGAUCUCCAAGCCAACGGCGGUGGCAUGCUCCACAUGGCAUUCGAGCUCUAUCGCAAUUUGUUCCCCCGGGCAGAGCCGUUUGACGGUACCCGCAUCCGCGCCACAGAUGCGUACAACAUCAUUGGCAAAGUGGACUAUGGCACUCCGAAAGAACGGAACGUUGUCAACAAUCCCCUAGACCAGGACCUGAAGCGUUACCAGAGCUGGGAAGCCCUCUGGGGACCAGUCAACGCCAAAGAGGACAAAAUGACAAACCUCCUGCGAUACAACUUUAAGAGCAACACAACUGUCGGAGAGGGUGACUUUUACAUCUCAGGCUAUGGACCGAACGACACGCCGCCAGAGCCGUACUUUGAGGGCAAGAACAUCCUCAUUGUCAGUGAUGGGUUCUGUGCAUCGACCUGUACAGUUAUUUCGCGCCUUCUCAUCAACGAGCAGGGCGCCCGGUCCCUUGCUCUAGGCGGCCGACCCUUGAAAGCCCCGAUGCAAACCAUUGGAGGUGUCAAAGGCGCCCAGGUGGUCAAGUUCCAGUUGUUCCAAGACCUUCUCAAGGAUGCGCUCCAAAAAGUUCCCAAGGACACCAAACUGCCCGACAACCUCCCCAAGAUCGCCAACGUGCCGCUGCUCCCCAGCCUCAGCAAGCUCAGCUUCAACUUCCGCAACGCCUACGAGAGCGCCGACUCGCUGACCCCGCUGCAGUUUUUGUACGAGGCCGCGCACUGCCGGCGCUUCUACACCGACGAUAUGACGCGCAAGCCGGUCGAGGUCUGGAAGGUUGCAGUCGACGUCGCCUUCCGAGGCGGCAAGUGUGUGGAGGGGAGCAGCAUUGGAGUGAACAACACAAUGGGCGACAGACCAAAGUUUGACAGGGCCAAGGUCGUUUCGAGACUUGCUCCCUACAACGGGCCAGGGUCCAAGGCCUACACCGAUAGCAACCUGAACCGUCGCGAGUUUGUGGGCUCACGUGUGUCUGUGGCCAGGAGGCGAUCCGAGGCGACGCCAAAGAAGCCUGUGGAAGCCCUGUCAGAUGCAGACAAGGCGCUCCUCGACCGGGAACUGGUCAACGAUGAUGAGAAUUGGUGGGAUCACAAAGGGAUAUGACUUACCAAUUAUAAUGAAGCGACUGAUAUUGUUUAAUUUCUUAUAUUUCUUUUCUUUUUUCUUUUUUUUUCUUUUUUGUAGAUAUUUGGAACCAAGCACGAGGCGUAUGGUCUGGAUAUUUGGGAAGCG